UUAAACUAAAAUAAAGCAAUUUUUUUGCGUACUAAAUACCUAGUAUUAGCCCUCUAAAAAAGUUAUCAACCGCAUAAAAAGUUUUUGUGGGAUUUUUAUUGUUUUAGAAUGUAAUUGAUGCAUGUAAGAAGUAUAAAAGCCACUACCUUCGAUGGCCGUUAAACCAGAAGUGUUUUAGUUUUCGAACAGAAAGUUUAAAACUCAAAGUGAUAGCAAUGUUAAAGGCUAAAGUUAACGCAAAAGCCAACCAAGUCCAACGGCACGAUGCAGAGCACAUCAUCAAAGAGUUUUCCAGGGUUUUUAAGUGGCGUUUGGACUGUAACGACUCAUUGAUAGAUAUUGGCACUGGUAGCGGUGAUGUUCUAGUGGAUUUCCUCGUUCCGGUUUUACCGAAGAAUUUCAAAAAAAUCGUUGGUUCCGACAUUUCCUCGGACAUGGUUCAACAUUGCAAUAAAACCUACAAAUCUUUAAAGGAUAAAGUGGCAUUUAAAAUUCUCGAUAUUGGGACUGAGAAAUUAUCAAAAGAGUUUGUGAGUGAAUUUGAUCAUGUAACUUCGUUUUAUUGUCUCAAUUGGGUUCAAAAUCAACAACAAGCUGUAAGAAACGUCUAUCAGAUCCUUAACUCUGAUGGUGACUGCCUUUUGGUUUUUUUGGCAUCGCAUCCAUUUUAUGAUAUUUACAAAAUUAUUUCGAAAAAUCCAAAAUGGACAACUUACAUGAAGGAUAUGAACUGUCAUAUUUCACCUUUUCAAUGCAGUAAAAACCCUGAAUUAGAAUUUAGUCAAAUUAUUAAAGAUGAAGGAUUUGUUGACUUUAGUGUUGAAGUUCGACAUAAGACAUUCGUUUAUGAAGGUUUACAAACUUUAAGGGAAAAUUUAAGAGCCGUGAAUCCUUUCAUUGGUCAAAUGCCUGAAGAAUUACGUGAAGAAUUUAUGGAUGAGAUGAUAAAGAUCGCACUAUCGGUAUAUUCAUUAAGUGAAUCAAUGACACUUGAUGACAAACGAUUUAUAACUCCUUACAGAUUGAUUGUUGCUUAUGCACGAAAAUGAUAUUAUUUUAGUAUUUGUAAUUUUUAUUUAUUUGUUUAUUUUUUAAAUAUGUUUUUUGUUUGUACAAAUAAAAAAGUUUUAAUAUAAAAAUUGUAUACCGAAACCUUUUCUGACACUUAUAAAUGUCAAAGUGACAUUUG